AUGUCAAAAAGGAGCACAACAACAUCAACCUAUCUACAAUAUUGUCUCGAGUCGAAUGAAAAGCAAAUAAAGCUCCUGAACGCCGGUUUCGAAGACCGACGGCGAUACUCUAGAGGUACGAGCCCUAUCGCUACGACGUGGCUGAUCUCAUUCCAACAUCUAGAACGAACGUAUCCAUUGGCCGUGGAAUAUCUGAAAUUAAUUUGCUUCCUGGCCGAAAAAGACAUCCCAACCUCGCUACUGCCACACGGUGAAGACCAGGAGGGGGAAGACGAGGCAGUGGGGGUUCUGAGAGGACAUGCGUUCAUCUCGGUUCGAGAGCAGGGAGAUGCCUUUGAUGUCCAUCGCUUGAUACGGUUUGACGUCACGAAAUACGGAGAGGCGGAGCGGAUGUAUCAAGUUGCUCUUCAACUAAAAUCACGAGUGCUAGGACCGACCCAUUCAUCAACUUCAUUGACUAGCAGGAAUAUUAGCAACUCGGGACGCUUCAGGACAAGCCUGAUGAUUCAGGGUUUUGCAAUAUAG